AUAAUAAAUCUAUAAUUGAAACGCAUAAUCGGCAGGACUUGCUUAUUUCAUACACGAGAUACUUACAUUGAUCGCAAAACUCUAACAGGUUUUGGGCCCAGUAUUGAAAUAAGACAGCAGGAAAACGUGCAGCAUGGAUACAAAGUACGCCAUAACCAAACUAAAUAAUACGAACUAUUUCGUAUGGAAGUUCAAGAUGCAAUUACUCUUGACGAAGGAAGGUGUGUGGGAAACCGUUAUAGCAGAUCCACCGAAUCCUGAAACGGAAGCAUGGAAAAAGAAAGAUUCUCUUGCAUAUGCGACCAUCGGAUUGAAUGUGGAAGAUGAGCAAUUGAUACUUAUUCGAAACACGAAAACUGCUAAAUCUGCAUGGGAGGCCCUGAAAACGUAUCACGAGAAGAGCAACGCUAACAGUGUGGUUCGACUAAUAAAGCGUCUUAUGAAUAUGAAAUUAGAAGAAGGCGCAGAUCUGGAAAUGCACGUCACACGCAUAGCCGAAGCGUUUCAACAAAUGAACGAUAUCGAGUCAAGAGAAACCAAUUUGACAACGGCCGUAGUAGAGCAGCGUUUAUUAGAUGAAUGGAACAAACAUAAGGAUAAAACUUCUAGUGAAACAAAUGGCACGAUGGCUUUACGUGUAAGUAGAAACGCGUCAUUAAAAAUCGAGAGGACAUCAUAUGCUUCUUCUGCAAGGAGAAAGGACAUCUUAAGCCUAAAUGCCCGAAGUACAAAAAGUAUUUGAAAGACAAGAAAGAAAAAGUAAAAGACAAAAAAAAAAGCAGUGACGGCAAGCAACAAGCAAAUUUAGUAGAAGCAUCGGAGAAAAGCGAUUUCCUAUUUUUAACUUCAAGAAUUAGCCAUGGUUGGAUAGUCGAUUCAGGUGCGACAUCACAUGUUACAUCUAAUAAAAGUAUGUUCACAGAAUUUAACGAGAAUCAUCAGGAGAAGAUCUUCGUGGCAAAUGGUCAACGAGUGGCAGUUGAGGGAAUCGGUACAGUACAAAUUCAUGUAGUAAACAAUGAUGGAAAAAGGCGAUCGAUUAAGAUUCAAAACGUCUUGUACGUACCCUCAAUUAAUGGAAGUUUGUUGUCGGUCUGUAAGCU